AUGACGGAACACAAACCUUUAUGUUACUCAUUCAACACAUCGUACGACCGACAUUCACCUCGCGAAGCACGACAAUCGGAUUACAUUUCCCAAUUUACAACAAAUAUCCAAUAUUUCAAAGGACAUACCAAUGUCGUUGGAGACGCUUCAUCACGAAAGGAUGUAAAUAAUCUGAUACGUAAGCAAGAUAUCGAUUUGAAAACAAUCGCGAAAUUGCAAGUAGAUGAUUCAGAAAUAAAAAGCUGUCAGGAGAAGCCUAACAUGAUCUUCAAACACGUACCUAAACCAUCUUCUAAUAUACCUAUAAUAUGCGACGUUUCAACGGAUAACAACCGCCUUUUCGUCCCCUCGAGCCUGUCGUCGACAAGUAUUUCGUCAACU